UCGGUUGCUACCUAGAAAACAAGCCCCAGUUAUGUUUACAUUCAAAACCCUGAACUGAGUCUGAGCUCGAGUGAGUCAGUUUAUUUAAGUUUGCAACACGUGUAAUAAAUAUUUCAUUUCUUGUUCAGUGUGGCACCAGAUGAUUUCAUAUAAAUAAACUGGUAGUAACAAAGGAAUAACACAAUUGAUCAUCAGUAUGGCCGGUAUCAUUGGGAGGGCUUUUAUACCAUAUUAUAAUCAGUUAAUGGAAAUACUUUCCACAAAUCCUGAUUUAAGGGCAAGCGCAAAAGGUAUUUUCAAACAGGUAGCAUAUGGAGCAUGUGGCACUGCUAUUGGGGGUGUUGUGGGUGGACCACCUGGGGCUUUGGUUGGUGGUAUAGGAGGAUCAGUGUUAGGUUACCUGCAGUCUGAUGAGUACGAUUCACUGUUAAAAGUGUUGUAUAGCUUGUCUGAUAGUGAAAAAGCAAAACUUGUUCAGAAAGUACAGGAACAAGUGGGUGACACAGGAAUUGAAGCUCUAACCAGAUUCGUAGGAACUCAAGCUCAUAGAGAAGUCUUAUUAAACCUUAUACGGAAGGAACUUUUCUAAGGAUCCACAAGGCGGAUAAAGAUAUAAGUCAAAGAGAUCAUUUAUGGUUUCAUAUCAUUAAUGAUAGUAUGUAAUAGUAGCGGUAUUUUACAUAAUCUGUUUAAGAACAUUGUACUCAUUAACUCGAAAUGAUUUCUUUGAAAUCUAAUUGAAUUGUUAUUUUCUCUCUCCAAUAUACAUACAUUCUACUGCUGGAAGGUGACAUUGCAUUGGUAGUCAUUUUUUUUGUCCACCAUAACUUAUAUAUUUUGUAUUUCUAUUCUCUUGUAUGUUAGCUUUACAAUCAGAUUUUUUUACCUUUGCAGUUGUUUUGUAUUUUCUAUGUAUCUAUGAAAUAUUAAAACUUGUUUGUUUCGGCUUUAUAUAUUUUGAAAGGCCAAAGUAAGUGGAUUCUAUUAAAUGUUUGUUACACAUUCAUUUGUACUGGUUGCACAGUAAGUCUUUUGAAAGCAUCCCUUGGUCUAUAGUUAUAAACCAGAUGUAGCCUUUUGGUUUUGGAAGCAUCCAUUUCACAAUUUUUCAAAGAGCUGUAUCCUUUGGUUUUCUUUUAGCUAUGAUGUUGUACUCUUACUUCAAGUUAUGGGGUCUGAAUGCUCUGACCUCUGGGUACUUGCACAUGUUCCACUUGUUGGAUAAACUUCAUCCCUUCACAGCACAAUUUAAUUAAAGUAAUUCUUAAUAAAAAAACAUAAUUUGGUGGUCUAUGGCUUAUUUUCAUGAAAGUUUGUUCAUAUAGAAAUUUUAAUUUACAUUUGAUUUUUAGAUUUUCAUGAUUUCCAUGUUAAAUUCCUGCCUGCCUUUUUUUGCAUCUGUUUAUGCAUACAUGUAAAUUUACCACUUAUACCAUGUAUACAACCUUGUCAUGAAAAUACACUUACCAAAAAUAGUAAUAAUCAGAUUUAAUUUGAUAAUCAUAUACUUUUUCUUUCAAUAAUUUAUCAAUCAAUGUAUGCCCCAGAUAUAAGUUGCCUUAUGAGGGAAUUUCAGUACAUAAGAUAACUUGGAUGGUGAUUAUAUAAGAUAUAACGUAAAGUGUCUAUAGUAAGUUGUUAAUGGACAUGUGUUGGCCUAGUCAUGCACAAGAUUUAAUUUCUAUUAUUAUAUAUUGAUUUGAAAAUGGUACAAUUUUUUUAUCAAAAAAGCACCUCUCUUGGUUUAUCUAAAAUGCCAAGAAACAAAUAUUAUAUUAGUGGAUUUGAAUCAAUGCAUUUUAACAUGUUUUUUUAUUAAUAUAUUAACUUUCAUAACAUAUAUUUUAUGUACAGCAUUAUAAUGUGAACAUACCAGUUCUGUUUCUAUGCUGUUGUUUUCGGGUCUAUGUACUUCAUAAAUUACAAUUAAGCAUGCUAGAGUUACUUUUCUUUGAAUAAAUAAAUAACUAGAGACAUAAUAAUAAAGUCACAUUUUCAUCACAUUGCAACUUUUUAAAAAAUAUAUUUGUACAUAUAAAAUUACAAAUAAAUUGUCAUUAAGAAUUGUAUGUUUACUGUUAAUAUUUUGUAAUACUAAUGACUUAUCAAAUUAAAUUAAUUAGUCAGUA